GGCAAAGAUGACGCCUUGCUUCAAGCGCGCGAAGAGCUCUCCUCCCCGGACUGGGAAAUCCCCCAGGAGAUGUAUACUAGCAACACUUCAUACCGCCCGCCGGCUAGAGAGUCGCUGCCGUUUACAAAGGUCGACGUUGCUGCGUCUGAAGCUGUAGUACCUGAUGCGUUGGCGCGGGCCCUGAGGGAUCCCUUGGAGCCCGCUUUCCCGGACAUAAUCGGACUAUCUAGUAGGGAAGGCAAGAAGUUCACCUUCCGUUUGGUUUUCGUCGGCUCCAACCGGCAGCCUCAUGGACCGUUGCGGAACGAGCGUCCGAAGCAGAGACACGAACGCGCCUCCAUGAAGACCCAGGCCGAGUUGGCCGCAUCCGUCAAGGCUGCGGAGCGCCUGUCUGGCAGGAAGCCGUUGCGCAAGAACUCCAAGUCGGUACCACUCAUGCGUAUCGCGCUGGUGGAGAUGGUCGCGCUAGAGCUACAGAGUGUCAUGAAGGAGCUGAAGGGGAAGAACCGCCCACUGACCUUCCGCGGCCGCGAAGUCGACUUUGCCCAUGUGAAGAUCAUGAACAUCUACAGACCAACGUCCGCCACGAUGCAGCCAACGCUCGAAAUCCUUCACGAGUACCGCAGCCUCUACAUGGCAGACAACGCUCCUGUCCACGCUGUCGUCGACCAGGCGCACGAUGACCAGGCGCGCGAGGACCAAUCCGUCAUCUGGGGCCCGGCAUGGGACCACCCCACCGCGCCGACCACGCCUGCCACAGGCCAUACCGACGUUCCUACCACCCCUGGCAUAGGUCGUGCCGACGAGCCCUGCACGUUCACCCCAGUGCUCGGCGGCUACCUCCAAUAUGACGAGCCCUUCACGCUCACCCCCGCGCACGGCAGCUACCCCCAAUGCGAUCAGCCCUUCACGUUCGCCCCCGCCCACGGCGGCUACCUCCAAUGCGACGAGCCCGGAAUGUCGAACAUCGACUACAUGCAGGGCCAGAUGCCUCCUGUCGCGAACGGGCCGUGGGCGAUGGGCAACGCUGCGAACACGAUCCCCACCCCCGGCGGCCCUCCGACGCGCUACGCACCGCCGCCGCCGCCGCCGUUCAUGUGGAGGCCCGAGAUGGUCCACCCGGGCAGCGCUGACGCGGAGGCGACGCUAGGGCUGGGCUUCGCGGACGUACAGGGUGGUGUGCGCACACCGGCGAACGGUAAUCUGAACCUCGAGGCGAACACGCGGACGCCUGCCACGGACGACGACGUUUACUUCGACUUGGAGCGCUACGGCGAGUCCACCAUGCCGAACCUGUGGGCGACCCAGACUGGGGCCGGUCGCCGCAGCGCCAUGCGGAUGUGGCCGAAUCGCGGUCCCCGUCCCGCCGCCGCUGCCUCGACGUCGGCCUGCAGAUAUUUCUAAAAGUACUGCAACGACGGUGAGUACUGUGUGUCCGGCUGUCUAUCGUAGUACUCGACCCAGCGCCCGAGCUUCCCCAUUGCCCUUCCCGUUACCUGUACACCAUCGUUUGACAUCCUUUCUCCACUAUUGACCCAG